AUGCUGAAGGGGGAAACGGAAGAUGACGCCAUCGACUUACACCCCAACGAACUCCACUCAGCAGCAGCAGCAGCAGAGCACCAGCAGCAGCACCAGCAGCAGCAGCAGCAGCAGCAGACGCGGGCACUUAUUACACCCAACACUGGAACACGAUUCAAAGCAGCAGCAGCAGAGCACCAGCAGCAGCACCAGCAGCAGCAGCAGCAGCAGCAGACGCGGGCACUUACUACACCCAACACUGGAACACGAUUCAACCGCAGCAGCAGCAGCAGCAGCAGCAGCAGCAGCAGCAGCAGCAGCGUUGGUCGCCGGUGCAAGGAGGAGUCCACCAGCGCCCUGCAGCAGCAGCAGCAGCAGCACCAGCAGCAGCAGCAGCAGCAGCAGCAGCACCAGACAAGCUACAACCCAUCCUCCGCCGCUGCAUUGGUUUGGGGGGGGGGAUGGUUGCUGCUGCUUCUCCCCGAGUCUAUGGCGGGGUAG